CAGGCCGGCACAAGGCGGCCUGCGCGGGAGGAAGCCGGGGAGCUAGGGAAGGGGGCGCGCCUCCCGUCGGUGAUGGCGGGGCCGCCGGUUCCCCAAGGCUUUGUUCCUUUGUUCUGGGCCGGGCCAGCUGAGCUGCGAGGCAGCCUGCCCUCUGGUGUGCCCCGCAACAGGAGCUCCUGGCCACUAGGCAUGAGUCUGAGGUGCCCUGGAAGACGUGUGCUGCAGACUGCAUCCUGGGCCCUGUAAGCCAGCCUCGGAGGGUAUCAGGCACCCACCCGGGAAGGGGAGCGGGACGUUCAAGCACCAGACUGCAGCCGCCUGGGUAUCCACGUGUCCGAGUUCUAGCGGAACACAGUAGAGCUCCUGGGAUGGCAGGCCUGUCCUUUGCCAACUCCACCAGUCUCCACGAGGGACAUCCUCUACUCCCAUCAACUAGUUUUCGGGAAUCAGUGACUUUUAAGGAUGUGGUCGUGAACUUCACCCAGGAAGAAUGGAAACACCUGGAUCCUACACAGAGAGAUUUGUUCAGAGAUGUGACGUUGGAAAAUUAUACACACCUGGUCUCUAUAGGACUCCAGGUUUCCAAACCUGAUGUGAUUUCCCAGCUAGAACAAGGGACAGAGCCAUGGACUGAGGAGUCGUGCAUUCCUGUAGCUUCCAUGGAAGACUGGAAGAUAAGACCUGAGAAAAGUGUUUCACUCCUAGAACUUGACAUCUCUGAAGAACAUCUGUCUUCAGAAGCAGUAGUAAACAACUGCAAAAGGGAUGAUUCUUACAGCUCCAAUGUCUUAGAAACAUGGAAAUCUGAUGGGAGUUUAGAGAACCUUCGGGCAAACCAACAAACUCUGCCAAGGAAAAUAAAAGUAACUGAGAAAACAGCACUCACUUGUGAGAACAGUCUCGGUGUGAGUUCAAGCCUUGUAACACAAACAGAAGUAGUUCUAGAACAAACUUCAAUCAAAACAAGAGCCAAGCAGAAUUCACACCCCGUCAAAAAAGAGAAGCUGUGUAAGUGCAAUGAAUGUGGAAAAGCUUUUACUUACUGUUCUGCUCUCAUUCGUCAUCAAAGAACACAUACUGGAGAAAAACCCUAUAAAUGUAAUGAAUGUAACAAAGCUUUCAGUCGAAGUGAAAACCUUAUAAAUCAUCAGAGAAUUCAUACAGGAGAUAAACCAUACAAAUGUGACCAGUGUGGAAAGGGUUUCAUUGAGGGUCCAUCUCUCACUCAACAUCAAAGAAUUCAUACUGGAGAAAAGCCCUAUAAAUGUGAUGAAUGUGGGAAAGCCUUUAGUCAGAGGACCCAUCUUGUUCAGCAUCAGAGAAUUCACACUGGUGAAAAACCAUAUACUUGUAAUGAGUGUGGAAAAUCCUUUAGCCAGAGAGGUCACUUUAUGGAACACCAGAAAAUUCAUACAGGAGAAAAACCUUUCAAAUGUGAAGAAUGUGAAAAAACCUUCACCAGGAGUACACACCUUACUCAACAUCAAAAAAUUCAUACUGGAGAGAAAACCUAUAAGUGUAAUGAGUGUGGGAAGGCCUUCAAUGGGCCUUCAACAUUUAUCCGUCACCAUAUGAUUCAUACAGGAGAAAAGCCUUAUGAAUGCAAUGAAUGUGGAAAAGCCUUCAGUCAGCACUCAAAUCUGACUCAACAUCAAAAAACACACACUGGUGAAAAACCCUAUGAUUGUGCAGAAUGUGGAAAAUCCUUUAGUUACUGGUCAUCCCUUGCUCAACAUCUGAAAAUUCAUACAGGAGAAAAGCCCUACAAAUGUGGUGAUUGUGGAAAGGCCUUCAUUUACUGCUCAUCUCUUACUCAGCAUCGGAGAAUUCACACUCGAGAAAAACCCUUUGAGUGCAGUGAGUGUGGAAAGGCUUUCAGUUAUCUGUCAAACCUUAAUCAGCAUCAGAAAACUCACACCCAGGAGAAAGCCUAUGAAUGUAAGGAAUGUGGGAAAGCCUUUAUUCGGAGUUCAUCUCUUGCUAAGCAUGAAAGAAUUCAUACUGGAGAGAAGCCUUAUCAAUGUCAUGAAUGUGGGAAAACCUUCAGCUAUGGCUCAUCACUUAUUCAGCAUAAGAAAAUCCAUACUGGUGAAAGACCUUAUAAGUGUAAUGAAUGUGGGAGAGCCUUUAGCCAGAAAAUACACCUUACACAACACAAAAGAAUUCAUACAGGAGCAAAGCCGUAUGCAUGUCCCAAGUGUGGUAAGACCUUUCGACACUGUUCAUCUCUUGCACAACAUCAAAAAACUCACACAGAAGAAAAACCCUACCAGUGUAACAAAUGUGAAAAGUCCUUUAGUCAGAACUCCCAUCUGACUCAGCACCAGCGAAUUCACACGGGAGAGAAGCCCUGUCAGUACAGGGAAUGUGACAGAUCCUUUACCCAGAGCACGCACCCAAGUGAACAUCAGAGUACUCACACUGGAGAGAAACGUUACAACUGUAAUGAAUGCCCAAAGACUUUUAGCCAGGACACAUACCUUACUCAGCAUCAGAAGAUCCACUCAGGAGAGAAGCUUUUUGGGUGUGAUGACUGUGGGAAAGCCUUCAGGUAUCGCUCUGCUCUCACCAAACACCAGAGGCUGCACCCUGGCAUAGCUGCUCUAGGAACGUCAUAAAUAUAGCUGCUGUAUUCUUUGUUUUUUUAGUGAUGAACCAGAGCGGGGUGAGGAACUCCUUGAGGUAUUUUAAAUUUUUCCUAUCUCAUGAUGAGAUAAUCCAUUGGGCUGAACUAGUCCAAAUACGUUAUUAGCAUUGUGACAAGCUACUUUAAGUUUCUUUUGUGAAUGAGGUGAAACAAAAGAUUGAAAGGUAGCUUGUAAUUUUAUACCCAGUUUUGUAUAUUUACAAUAUAUUCUUAAAUAGUUGCACUAUUAAUCCACAUUUUGUCUUGGAUCUACAAUGUGUGUGGGUUUUUGCAUGUUUUGCUAGGAGAAAUUUGUAUUUCGGUACUAAGAAUUUGUUUUGCUCCUGUUCUAAUGCACUUACGUUAUUCAGGUAACUGGUCCUUAAAUAAAAAUAAUUAUAAAAUACAGUCAAACUCAA